AUGGAUGGAGCAACAUACGUUUGUAUAAAGCAAUUUAAUGCCAGGUUGGGAGACGAGAUUAGUCUUAAAAUUGGAGACAAGAUACAGGUUUUAGCCGAUGAUCAUGAAUACAAUGAUGGCUGGUAUAUGGGUAAAAACUUGCUAACCGGUGCUGUGGGACUAUAUCCCAAGUCAUUUACUCAAAUAUUGGCCAAUAACAAUAACGAUGAAAAAACUUUGUUGAGAUCCAGAUCAAGAAGAGUAUUGACACCCCCUGGUGGUAAACAAAUGAACAAUGGCGAUCACCAGAAUGGUGUUAAUGGUGGCGGUGCUGGCGGUGCUGGUGCUGGUGCUGGUGCUGGUGGAGGUUCGUCGGAACUUAAUGGUAACAACAACGGUAAUGUGCAUAACGCGCCAAAUAUACCUAGUAAAUUGAACCCCAAUAACUCGCAAGAUUCCAUCCCGACAUCUUUGAAAGAUUCUUUUGAUAAGUUGUCUGUAAAGGAUAGUGAGGCAAAUGCGAGUGGCAAUCAAAGUACGGUUAAUGACGAGAUUGAUAGGGCGUUGAAAGAGUUACAAGGUGAUAGCAACCAGUAUACUAGCUCCACACAUUACAACAGCAAUAACAACAAGAACAGCAACAGCAACACCUACAACCAUGGCAACAACAACAUCAAGGAUUACAAAUCCAAGCAGUCUAGUGUAGCCUCUUCCAACAACUACAACAAAACGCAUGCCAGAAACCCAUCUGAGCAAUCCUUGACUGAUGAUUUGAACCCAUUACAAGCACACAACUGGACUCCAAAACAAGUUUCCUCGUAUUUUGCGUUGGUUUUGGGAUUCAGUCCAGAAAUUGCUGGAAAAUUUGCCAAACACAAAAUUACAGGAGCUAUCUUGUUUGAAAUGGAUUUGGGUCAUUUAAAAGAGUUGGAUAUUGACUCGUUUGGUACCCGAUUUGAAAUACACAAAGAAGUUGAGAAAUUGAAGGAAAUUAAUCUUCGAUCGCAGAAAUUGAAACAGCUGCAAUCAAGAGUAAACUCCAUUAAUAGGACUGAUACCACUUCAUCAACUUUGAAUUCAGCACCAACUGCAGAUACCACUUAUCCCGAGUACGAUGAAAAACCCUUGAAGUCGAAUAAGGAAGAUAUUUUGCAACCCAAUGACAGACAAAAUGAGCUCAUGCCGUCUGCAAUGCAAGAGGACACUUCAAACUCAACCAUCAAACAUUCACGAAAUAGAUCACUUUCUGUGGACAAUUUGUCUAAACCCCAAAAUGAAGGUUCAUUUGUUUCGCCCAGGAAAGCUCCAAAUCCACCACCUGCGGGUGAAAGUCCGCUCAAUACGGGUUACAAGUUUGGACACGGAAAUCUGACGCCAUACAGCAAUGAUGACAAGCCAAGUGGUUUAUACAUGACGCGCACAAAUGCUUCAGCACAUGCGUUGUCUCGGCCUCCGUCUUCAGUUUAUGAUCAAGCCACACACAGCAGACAGCCAUCCCAAGUUUCGAAUAACCACCAAAAGAAGUCUUCGGUAUCAAACAACCACAGGAGACAUUCAUCGCUCUUUUCGUUUCUUUCAGGAAAUGACGACAACGACAAGCAAAAUAAUGGCACACCAACACAAGGACAAAAUAAAUUGUACAGUAAGAACAUACAAAGAGAUGAAAGUGGACGGUCUAACGACGACAAGUUGAUAUCACCAGCCCAAAUCAAACGAGAAAAUAGCUCCACAACAAAUUCUCCAAAGAGAAGAUCACAAUUGUUUGAUUUGUCAAAUUCACCAGUUCAUAUAGAUGAUGCAGGGUUGUCGCCAAAGAAACUGAAGUCAGUAUCAAUGAAGGCAAAGUCACAUGAUGCUUUGAAGGACGACAAUAAACGUGUCGCUAGUGAUUCACAAGCAAUUCUUUCCAAUACACGUCCUGGAGCGUCUAGAUUGAAGAGCUUGCGUACCACUUCCACACAAAACAUUCGUAACUUGACUGGUUCAAAGAAGCUGAAAACGUCUGCAUUCACCGAGGGUAUUCGUGAAGUCACACCGGAUGAAGCUAUCAAAACAGCAAAUUAUAGUGGUUACAUGUCUAAACGUUCUGGAAAUACUUUUGCAUGGAGAUCAAGGUAUUUUACAUUGCAUGGCACGAGAUUAUCAUAUUUCACAUCGUUGAAGGAUAAGCGAGAGAAAGGGUUGAUUGAUAUCACUGCCCACAAGGUGAUUCCCAUCAAUAGUGAUGCCGAAGAUGUAGACAAAGCAGACAAAUACGCUGCAAUGGUUGCGUCAACCACAAUGUCAGGUAAUUACUGCUUCAAGCUUGUGCCACCGGCACCAGGUUUCAAAAAGGGACUCACAUUCACCCAACCCAAAACGCAUUACUUUGCAGUUGAGUCCGAAGAGGAUAUGAGGGGAUGGGUCAAGGCGUUGAUGACGGCUACUAUCGAUAUUGAUGACUCGGUUCCGGUGGUUAGUAGUUGCUCAACUCCAACUGUCAGUUUGAGCAAAGCGCAAGAAAUGUUGGCCAAAACUCGACAAGAAAACAAGUUGAAAGAUGAGGAAUUGCGUGCUAAAGGUUAUGUGAGAGUAGAUGAAGACUUUGGUAAUGACUCGUCGUUCCAAUCCUCGAUGUUUUCGUCUUCUACCUUGGCGCCAGACCGAGUACCCCCAAAAUUAUCAAUUGAUACAUCAAGCAACCGACACAGUACAAGUAAUUUGAGUGCACCAAAGACACCAAAUAUCCCUGGCUCACAUAACUCGGGUGGAUUUGCUUCACCUUAUUUGUUGGCAUCGGGGUAUUUAUCAUCUCCUAAAUCGGGAAACUUUUCAUCUGCCUCAGGAACUCCAAUGACUACAAAUUCAGGAUACUUUGCUGACACUGUUGAUCAAAGACCGUUGAGACCACCGUCACUCCCACAAUCGCCGUACGAAAAGACAACCAGCGGCUCUUUCAACCCAUAUGCAAACAAUAGCGAGCCCCCGUCCACUGCGUACUCGACUGCAUCCUCAACAAACUCGCAAACCAUCAACAAUGGCUACAGCAAUGGUUCUGUAUCACCAAAUGCUAGUGGAAUGAGUCUGAAAGCGGAUGAAGUAUCAAAGUCAAGUGUACCCAAUGGAAACGACAAGUCACCUGUGUCUAGUCCCUCGCGUAGGAUAUUGAGCGGCGGCAAAAAGAAAGAAAAGAUGAUGGCCUUUAGUAGUGAUGCGUCAGGCAAUCAUACAUUUGUGAUCAAAUCCAAAAAGUAA